GGUGAUUAACGCGGCAUGGAAGAAUAAACAAUCUUAGAAAACACGAAAAUAAAUGUUUUUUUUUAAUUUUUAAAAAGCGUACUUUUUGUUUGACAACGGGAUAUUGACAUUUUAAGGCCGAAACCCACUUAGCUUGCUUCACUGGAAUCAACCCACUAAGCUCGUUCUCUGCUAGAUCCCAUCCGAAAAAUCCUGCUUGCUUCCCAAAGUUGCAAUCUUUGAGGAUCUUUGAAGUAACCAUAAAUAAAUAAAUAUCCUCUGGUAAAUCUUUUGCCUCAAUAUCAUUUUUUCCAGCAAGUCUCUUUCGGUCUCAUUGCUUCUGGUUCUGGGUAAUGCUUUGAUAUUAUUAGAUGAUGUUUUGGUGGAACAAAGUUAUUCGAUUGGAUCCGUUUUUAAAUUUAAACUCUUUUUUAGAGUAGUAAGAUCCGAGUGUUUUUGUAUAUGCUUCAGAGGUGGAUGUGAGUAAGGUUGCAUUGACUCGACGAACAUGGCCAUGGGGAAGUAUUCCCGUGUAGACGGGAAGAAAUCAUCGACCUAUGGUUUAACCAUUACCAUUGUUCUGUUACUUUCCCUCUGUUUAGUUGGGGCUUGGAUGUUCAUGUCUUCGUCGUCUGCCCCUGCUAAUUCUGUCGGCUAUUCCUCAAGUGAUACCGCUAAAGAUGUGGAACCUGUUACUAAAAAUGACUUGAGUAAAGAAGAAGGCGAUCGAGAUCCGAAGAACUUUUCUGAUGAAAAGAAGGAGGAAAGUGAGGCUGUGACUGAGAACAACCAUGUGAACACUGAUUCUGAGAACUCUGCUGAGGGAAACCAAGUCGAUGAGAGCUCUGGCGAGAAAAGUGAGGCAGUCGAGGAAAAGAAGGAGUCUGAUGACAGCAAUGGUGAUGGAGAUGGGGAGAAAGAGAAGAAUGUGAAAGAAGUAGAAUCUGAAAGUGAUGAAGCAAAGCAGAAAGAGAAAACGCAACUGGAAGAGAGCACGGAAGAAAACAAGUCUGAGGAUGGUAAUGGAAACGAAGAAAAGUCUGAAGAAAAAUCAGAAGAGAGUGCUAGUGAAAUUGAAGAAAUCACGGAGAAGAGUAACAAGGACGUCUUUCCAGCUGGUGAUCAGGCGGAAAUUACAAAAGAGUCGAGCACUGGAGAUGGAGCUUGGUCAACCCAAUUGGUUGAGUCGCAGAACGAGAAGAAAGCACAACAGUCCUCGAUAUCUAAGGACCAAAGUAGCUAUGGAUGGAAAACGUGCAAUGUGACCGCUGGGCCAGACUAUAUCCCUUGCCUUGACAACUGGCAAGCUAUCAAAAAGCUUCAUACUACAAUGCAUUAUGAACACCGAGAGCGCCAUUGUCCUGAGGAAACUCCUCAUUGUCUUGUGUCUCUGCCUGAUGGUUAUAAGCGGUCCAUCAAGUGGCCAAAGAGCAGGGAAAAGAUCUGGUACAACAAUGUUCCCCACACCAAGCUUGCAGAGAUCAAGGGACAUCAAAAUUGGGUGAAGAUGAGUGGUGAACAUCUUACCUUUCCUGGUGGUGGUACUCAGUUUAAGAAUGGUGCUCUUCAUUACAUUGAUUUCAUCCAACAGUCACAUCCUGCUAUUGCAUGGGGAAAUAGAACCCGUGUUAUAUUGGAUGUCGGGUGUGGAGUUGCUAGCUUUGGUGGUUACCUUUUCGAAAGAGAUGUGCUUGCUUUGUCAUUUGCUCCCAAGGAUGAGCAUGAGGCGCAAGUGCAAUUCGCCCUGGAACGUGGCAUUCCCGCUAUGUUAAAUGUUAUGGGAACCAAAAGAUUACCUUUUCCCAGCUCUGUUUUUGACCUUAUCCAUUGUGCUCGUUGUAGAGUCCCUUGGCAUAUUGAAGGUGGUAAACUUCUUUUGGAAUUGAAUCGUGCUUUGAGGCCGGGUGGUUUCUUUGUCUGGUCAGCGACUCCAGUCUAUAGAAAGAACGAGGAAGAUUCUGGUAUAUGGAAAGCAAUGUCGAAGCUCACAAAGGCAAUGUGUUGGAAGCUGGUGACAAUUAAGAAAGACAAACUGAAUGAGGUUGGUGCUGCCAUAUACCAAAAGCCAACUUCAAAUAAAUGUUACAACAAAAGACCUCAAAAUGAUCCACCUCUCUGCAAGGAUUCCGAUGAUCAAAAUGCAGCCUGGAAUGUUCCACUUGAGGCAUGUAUGCAUAAAGUGACAGAAGAUUCAUCAAAGCGAGGAGCAGUGUGGCCAAACAUGUGGCCAGAGAGGGUUGAGACUGCACCUGAGUGGUUGGAUUCACAGGAAGGUGUUUAUGGAAAACCUGCACCAGAGGAUUUCACAGCAGACCAAGAGAAGUGGAAAACUAUUGUCUCAAAGUCAUACCUUAAUGACAUGGGAAUCGAUUGGUCUAAUGUGAGAAAUGUGAUGGACAUGAGAGCAGUCUAUGGAGGAUUUGCUGCUGCAUUGAAGGAUCUGAAGUUAUGGGUGAUGAACGUGGUUCCUGUGGAUGCUCCUGAUACACUUCCUAUCAUAUAUGAACGUGGUUUGUUUGGAAUCUAUCAUGACUGGUGUGAAUCAUUCAACACUUAUCUGAGAACUUACGACCUUCUCCAUGCCGAUCAUCUUUUCUCUACCCUGAGGAAGAGGUGCAAUUUGGUGUCGGUAAUGGCUGAAAUUGAUCGGAUUCUUAGGCCACAGGGAACUUUCAUUAUAAGGGAUGACAUGGAAACAUUAGGAGAAGUUGAGAAAAUGGUGAAAUCCAUGAAAUGGAACGUUAAAAUGACGCAGUCAAAAGACAAUGAAGGCUUGCUUUCGAUUCAAAAGUCAUGGUGGCGUCCUGCAGAAACUGAGACAAUCAAAUCGGCAAUCGCUUAAACAAGUCAGAACGAAAAAGAAAAUAUAGUUUCAGUAAAUUUGGUUCUUUCAGGCCUUUAAGGCUUGCUUGUCAAAUUCAUUUGUCCUGGUUUGACUUUGAGAAAAGUUAUAUACAAUAGUCCAAUGUGAGGGGGAGUAUUGAGAUAAUAUCAUUAUAUUAUAAUGAUAAAGUUUAAAGCCUA